UUGCUUAUUCGGCAGCUUUGAAACGUCGGUUGCACAAUAACGACUUUUCUAAAGUUAUUUUCAGCCACAAGUUGUCUUAUAAUUUAAUCAUUACCGGUCCAUAUUAAUCAUCUUCUCUGAUAAUUAACAAAAUUAAACAAUGUCAGGUGCAGGCGAAGGUGAAGCAGAAGACAUCUCCACCGUUGAUAACUACCAGGGCCUCCAGAUUGCACCCAACCCUGACGGCACCAUCACCCGCUUGGCCAAACUCCCAGAAAGCCCACCCACGUCCGAUCCUAAGCUUCCCACCCCAGUUCUCUCCAAAGACAUCCCCAUCAACGAAUCAAAAAACACCUGGGUUCGAAUCUAUUUGCCCCGCCACGCACUGGAUCAUUCCUCCUCCUCCAAGUUGCCUCUCGUCGUUUUUUACCAUGGUGGAGGCUUCAUUUUAUGCAGUGCAGCCUCAACCAUAUUCCACGAUUACUGCGUCAGCUUUGCCACUGAUGUUCCCGUCAUCAUCGCAUCCGUCGAGUACAGGCUCGCUCCAGAGCAUCGCCUGCCGGCGGCCUAUGAGGAUGCAACGGAAGCGCUGCACUGGAUCAAAACCACCCCAGAUGAUUGGUUGAGAGACCAUGCUGACCUUUCAAAUACUUUCCUCAUGGGCAUCAGCGCGGGGGGUAACAUAGCCUACCACGCAGCACUUCAUGCCGACGUUGACCGUCUCCAUCCGUUGAAGAUCCAUGGGCUGAUAUUGCAGCAACCGUUUUUCAGUGGGAGCCAGAGGAGUGGCUCCGAGUUGAGGUUAGCGAACAACCCCGAGUUCCCACUGAGCUGGUCGGAUCUGAUGUGGGACUUGUCGUUGCCUAUUGGGGCCAGUCGUGACCACGAGUAUUGCAAUCCGACGGUAGGGGACGGUUGUAAGAAGUUGGAUCGAAUGGCGGUUGGGUGGAGAGUUUUGGUGACUGGCUGGGAUGGGGACCCAUUGAUCGACCGUCAGAUUGAGGUGGCGAAGAUGUUGGAGGAAAAUGGUGUACACGUGGUGUGCCAUUUUGCUGAAGGAGGUUACCAUGGGGUUGAUAUUAUUGAGGCCUCCAAGGCCAAGGCACUGUUUGUGGUUGUUAAGAAUUUCAUAUUUUCUUAAUCGGCUAGUUAGAAAAUGCUUGGUUGCUUGCUUUUUUACUUCUGAAUGUUGCAAAAUAAACCAUCAAAAUAUCUUUUUAAUGAUGUAAGAACUUCUAUAAUAAAAUGUAUUUGUUUGAUAGCA